GUGGAGCUGUGGCACAAGGAGUGGAGCUGCUGGCAGAGCCAUGGGAACGUAAGCAAGCCGGAGUGAGCCACCGCUGAGCUGGGUGAGAAGCCACCAGCUCCAAGGAGGUGACAGCCAGACCCCACCAUGGUUUCUAUGGAGCUUCAGCUGCUGGGGUACACCGUGGCCUUCCUGGGCUACAUUGGCACCCUGACAGCCACACUGCUGCCCAGCUGGAAGACCAGCUCCUACAUCGGCUCCAGCAUUGUGACAGCCGUGAGCUUCACCAAGGGGCUGUGGAUGGAGUGUGCCACGUACAGCACAGGCAUCACCCAGUGUGACAUCUACAGCUCCCUGCUCAACCUGCCUGCCGACAUCCAGGCAGCCCAAGCCCUGAUGGUGAGCUCCUGUGCUGUCUCCUCCCUCGCCUGCCUCCUCAGCAUCGUGGGCAUGAGGUGCACCGUCUUCAGCCAGGGCUCGCCAGGCAAGGACCGGGUGGCAGUGGUGGGUGGUGUGGUCUUCAUCCUUGGGGGGCUGCUCUGCUUCAUCCCGCUGGUGUGGAACAUCCAUGUGGUGCUGCGGGAUUUCCACAGCCCCGUCCUCCCUGACAGCAUGAAGUUUGAGCUCGGGGAGGCGCUUUACCUGGGCAUCAUCUCCUCCAUCCUCUCCCUCAUCGGUGGCUUCAUCCUCUGCGCAUCCUGCCCUGCCCAGGACCCAAGGACCACCUACACAAGCACCUACCAGCCCAGGCUGCUGACGGGCAAGAGCCCCCGGCCCUCUGUCAGCCAGACACAGAAGACCAAGAGUGAGCUCAAUUCCUACAACCUGACAGGAUACGUUUAGCAGCUGUGGUGGGAACCAGGCUGGCACCUCUCCCAGCUCCCCAGAUCAUCUGGACUGGCACCAAGGGAGCACGGUAAGAGGAGAGGACAUGGUGGCAUCUCCUGUGCUCAAACUUCUUGCUUACACACUUGGGGGGUUUGAUCCCAUUCUCUCCCCAGGGAUCCCAAGAACUUUGUGACUGCUUGGAGAUCCCAGCUGGUGGCUUACCUCAGUGAAGGAUCCCAAAUCCAGCUUCUCUUCCCUCCUCUGUGCUGCAGGCAGAUCCUGGCACAGUGGGAACCCCAGCCCACAGCCCUAGCAAGUCUGCCGGGCGGAGGGUGGAAGGAUUUGUGCCCCCAGGGACCAGCCUGCUGGCCACGAAGGCAUCACAGGGGGGUCAGGGAGUCCACACAGGUCUGGAACAGCCACUGCGGGGGUUGAGUGCUGGUUGCAAACUGAUGUUGCAAUAAAUCUGUAUUUCUA